AGGAUUUCAGUUCAAAGCACGCACACGUUCUGGAGAUACCGUUUGGAGGCAGAGUGGGGAAGUCUAUCGUUUUACUUUAUACUGUUACAACAAACCAUCAGGUGUUGCUCGAGUGUGGAGACGCCUACAAACAAGACGAGGUUAUCAUACAAUAUUGCAGAAAGGCAUAUGCAUAAAGACAUUCUUUCACUCAAACGGCUGUGUGCAGUUGACAGCCACUUUGCAGGAGCAGCGUAUACUGUUACUUUUUAUUCACCUUUGGACUUUUGAAAUACUUUUUUCAAGCUUUUCCACGUGCGUAAAGCAUCUCUAAGGGAAUCACCCUCAAGAUCCCUAUACUUUCAGAUUUCGUUCUUGAUUGUUCGAAACAUUUUUUCGUAUGAAUCUACUCGACCCCUUUCUGAAAAUGACAGACGAACAAGACAAAUGUCUCUCUGACGCACCGAGCCCGAGCAUGUCCGAGGAUUCUGCGGGAUCCCCGUGCCCGUCUGGCUCUGGCUCCGACACCGAGAACACCAGACCAUCGGAGAACGGACUGCUAAUGGGUCCAGACGGUCCCCUCGCCGAAUUCAAAAAGGACGAAGAUGACAAGUUCCCCGUGUGUAUCCGCGAUGCGGUGUCCCAGGUCCUGAAGGGCUACGAUUGGACCUUGGUGCCCAUGCCAGUCCGAGUGAACGGAUCUAGUAAGAACAAGCCCCACGUCAAGAGACCGAUGAACGCGUUUAUGGUUUGGGCGCAAGCAGCCCGGAGGAAGCUGGCUGAUCAGUACCCGCAUCUGCAUAACGCGGAGCUGAGCAAAACUCUGGGGAAACUAUGGAGGCUUCUAAAUGAGGGAGAGAAACGUCCGUUCGUGGAGGAGGCAGAGCGCUUAAGAGUACAGCACAAGAAAGACCACCCGGACUACAAGUACCAACCGCGACGGAGGAAGUCGGUGAAGAAUGGCCAAAGCGAGUCUGAGGACGGAAACGAGCAGACGCAAAUAUCGCCCGGUGCGAUCUUCAAGGCUCUACAGCAAGCAGUCUCUCCAGCCUCCAGCAUGGGAGAAGUGCACUCCCCCGGAGAACACUCAGGCCAGUCCCAAGGGCCCCCCACCCCUCCCACCACCCCCAAGACUGACAUCCAGGUGGGCAAGGCGGACCUGAAGCGCGAGGGGCGUCCCUUACAAGAAGGCACAGGCCGCCAGCUCAACAUUGACUUCCGGGAUGUGGACAUCGGAGAGCUGAGCAGCGACGUCAUCUCCCACAUCGAGACCUUUGACGUCAACGAGUUCGACCAGUACCUGCCCCCCAAUGGUCACCCGGGAGCUGCGGGCACUGCCGCCGGCCAGGUAUCCUACACGGGCACCUAUGGCAUCAGCGGUUCCGUGGUCAGCCAGGCAGCCGGUGGCACCGCAGGGCACGGCUGGAUGGCCAAGAGCCAGAGUCAGCAGCAGCACUCCCUCACAGCACUGGGUAGUGGAGGGGAACAGGGCCAGAACCAGAGGACCCCUACACACAUCAAGACAGAGCAGCUGAGCCCCAGCCACUACAGUGAUCAGCAGAGCUCCUCCCCCCCACAGCACAACACCUACGGCACCUUCAACCUGCAGCACUACAGCCCCUCCUCUUACCCCUCCAUCACCCGGGCCCAGUAUGACUUUUCCGACCACCAGGGCGGCGCCAACUCCUACUACAGCGGUGGUCAGGGCUCAGGCUUGUACUCCUUCGGCGGCUACAUGAGCCCCAGCCAGAGGCCCAUGUACACGCCUAUCGCAGACACGACUGGGGUGCCCUCCGUUCCCCAGACCCACAGUCCCCAGCAUCACUGGGACCAGCAGCCAGUUUACACGCAGCUGUCCCGACCAUGAGGACACAGUCAUCAAGCCUCACUACAGACUGACAGGAAAGCCCAUCAUGCAGAGGGAGACUCGGUCACAGCUUCCCAUCGCCUAGCUCCCAGCAGAAACAGACACUUGAAUUUAGGAUAGAGGAAAAGACGAGGAAGGAGAGCUGGACUUGAGAGAACUGAAACUAGAUCAGAAUGGCUCACAACGUGCCUUUGUAUUGUGUUGAUGAAAUAUAUAUUUUUUAGUGAAAACAGAAAAGAAUAUUGCAAAAUCCUCUGUGAGGACUUAAUAAAUUGUUGAUAUUUUUAGUAGGUACUGUGUAUGUUUUCUUAUCUUUUUUUACUCUGGCAGUUUGUUAUUCUGGGGGAUUUACAACAUGUAUUUGUAGAGAAAAUGCUUUAUUUUUAUCAGUUCAGCAGGAAACCACUCACAGCAGUGCAGUUAUCUUUUCUAUGGCCUCAAUUCUCUGGUGGAAUUUUGUACAGGCAUUACUCAAUCCUUUUUUGGUUGUUUGUUUUCAACUGUGUUUCUGCAGUGCAUAUUGUUUUACAACAUGUUCUGUGUCAUCCAACAAAAGGAAUUACAGGUGUAAUUGUGCAGGGUUUCUACAUAAAUGUUUUGUCAUUAUUAAGACAAAGUUUUUGAUGUAAGAGGGACAUUCUGUGAUUGGCAAAGAUGUUUGAAUGUUAUUGUUCUGUGCAGAAGAUUCCAGCCUUUUGCACCAUUAGUGCCUAGCAUGACAGAGUUGCGGUGAUGUGUGUGUGUGUGUGUGUGUGUGUGUGUGUUUGUGUGCGUGCAACAGCAUACACUAUAGAGGAGAGAAGCCACAGCUGAGAUUAUACUUACCGUCUGACAGCAUGUGUUUGACAGCCACAGGAAGUGCCCUUUGACCUCUUGAGUGUCCCCUGCAGUCGACCGCCACAUCAGUGUCAUUUUACAGCCUCCUGCCUGCCCCCCAUCUUAACUCUUUAAUUUAUUUAUUAGCUUUAAUUUUAUUUUCAAAGUAAUUAUUAUUUUGCAUUUUAUUCUUUAUUUGAUUCUUUAUACAACUAAUUAAUUUGUCUUAAAGUGAAGUUACCAUGGAUAUUAAAUGUCAUAUAACCCGGUAUUUUAGCUGCGGGAGUACUUUAAAAACGGUACAAACUGUAAUCAUGUUUUAUUUAUCAUAUGUAAAUGUUUCUAUUUUAAAUGUUUUAUUUGUAAUUCUUUGUUAUCUAGUUUAUCGGUUAUUGUUCAUUGUGAAAUUCUUGAGUUUGGAUUCUAAACUAUGGCUGAAAGAACUGGAAAUAUGUUUUCUUAUGUUGACAAAGUUUUACAAUUAGUUACUUUUUAUGCUGUGGCAUAUAUGUUCAUGUUAUUAGAGGUACCAGCGUCCCUGUAUACUCUACAUCGUUUGUAUACAUCCAGCCACAUACUGAGUAUUGGACUUUCUUUCUGAUGCAUCUGAACACAUUUUUGUUUUGUUCUGCUAGCUUAACAUGAUACUGUACUUUCUUUAAAACAAGUUGAACUUUUGUGUUGUAUUUGCAAUAAAAGUGAAAAUACCCUA